AUGAAUGCUCCGUUUUACGGCUAUCUCACGAGCGAGGAAGAUAGAUUCGCGUGUCGGCCGCGCCGCUAUCAUCUCCUCCUACCCCUACCGCAUCCUCACCCUGGGGCCUCCAAUCCUAAGGUGCGAUACGACAAGGUCAUCGGAUUCGCGGAUUCGGUGAACGGUGUAUAUGUGGUCUUCUGGAUCAUUAAACCAUUGCAUUUGACAAAAGUGUGCCGUUUACAGUCGAUCGCAGCGAUCAUCUUAAAGGAAUUCGAAUAUGCGUCAGAUGAAGGAAAAGCC